GUCGCUGGCCCCCCAUCUGCACGUGAUUUUCUGUCUGGAGGAGUUUCAGGUCUUGCUAUCACGCGAGGAACAACUACCUAGUGUCUCAUUCGUUGUUAGCAUAGCAAAGCCUGCUCUGAUGUUUGAUACCGGAGCUAUUGAUGCAUUAUAUUUAGGUGAUAAGAAGCUUGUUGAAAGUUUACAGACAUAUUUGUUGUCAAGAGAUCUUUCGAAUUUGAAAUUAGAGUUUCAAAGAGGAAAUGGGAAGAUUAAGGUAGAUUGUUUUGAGAAUCAGCUACCAGUUGAGUUGGAGUUAGAAAAGCAUGUCUUUCUCAGUGCAGUAGAUUACUACUCGAGAAACAAGGAACUGAUGGACUAAAUGUCAGAUUAUUUUGCUUGUAUUUCCCUCGAUUCUUGCCUCACAGUUCCUGCAAUCGAUUCCUUCCUGAAGAUUUUACAACUCGUUUCGCUUGAGCAACAUUCAUAUUGGUGCUUCAACAAUUUAAUUUAUAAACCAUAUGUAAUCACUUGCUACACGUGUGUGAUAUUGCAAGUUUGUGUAGAGUCUGAUAAAUGCAUAAUUAGAAAGACAGGCAAAUCAAAUUUGGUGUAUUCUUAAAAUUUUGGUUAAUUUAAUUUAAUGAUUUUCUGUAA